CGUCCAUCUACAAGAAGUAGCCCAACCGCCAACUCGUCCAGGAUAGAGAUCGGACACUGUAGCAAAGACCCAACUCAACAAAUGGAGCAGAAGAGCUCUCUCGUCACUACUGAACAAUUCAAGGUCCUGGGCCGCAAUCGUAGCUCGACGGGACAUGUGAGAGCAUGGGCUCCCGAGCUUAUAUGGGCUUUUCUCUCCAUAAUGGUCUUCAUCGCCCUCGUCAUAACGCUGCGUCAGUAUGAUAAGCGACCGGUGCCUGAAUGGAGGUUUGGGCUCACGCUCAACACCGUGGUGGCCUUUCUCUCCACCAUUUGUCGUUCCAUGACGGUUGUUCCUAUCAGCGAGGGGCUCUCUCAGCUGAAGUGGAACUGGAUAGCAACGCGUCGCCGGCCGCUUUGGGAUCUCUAUACCUUUGAUCAAGCGAGCAGAGGUCCUAUCGGGUCCCUUUUGCUGAUGGUGACGCUGCGUGGAAGGCACGUGAAUCCGAUCGAACAUGGUAUGAAGGGACAUGCUAACAGCGAGGUCAGGUUCAUCACGCUCGGCUGGUUGGCUUCUUUGGUCAUGGUAUCCGGGCUCUUUACAUCCUUCCUGACCCAAUCUACGAUAGCAUAUACCAAUGCUCGGGCACUGACGACCGGUUCUUCAGCCCCCGUUGCAAGAACUUAUCCCGUGGUCAGUCAAGAUGAACAAGGUUUCCAAGAUAUCGAAGCAUUGGAGAGCAUGUCUCGUGCUCUCAUUCAAGGUGGAAUACGAAUGCCUAGUGAGCCUUGGCCAUACCCCGAACUCGAAUGCGAUACAAAUGAGUGCGAGUAUCCUGAAUUCAGUUCCCUCGCAAUGUGUGCCAGUGUUAGCAAUAUCAGUGAUAGCCUAGUUGUAUCUACCAGCAUCUCAGAUAUGUAUGAGGAUACACGGAUUGCGAAACUCGCCAAUACUACUGCAACUUUGGAUCUCAGAAACUCAUCCUUUGCGCAAUCAAACAUAACAGUCCCAGGGUGGGAGCCGAACGUGUCGUUGUUGAGCACUACGGAAACUUUUUGGCCACUGCGUUGGAACUUUGUCGCUGGUUGGGACAACGCGGAUGACCUCCAGACGGCGACCGUGGCCCAGCUUCACAUAUUAUAUAACAAUUUUGGAGGGGAGGAUCUCAUCAGCAUACGUGCCGCUGAAGUGCUAUGGCAUUUCUGCGUGAAAACCUAUGACGCUCGUGUGGACAACGCCACGUCGUUCACAACGGAAAGGGGUUCUACGACGCACAUACAUAAAAGACAAGGUGACUUCUUGGGGCCUAACGGCGCCUUUUUCAACCUCUCGAGCCAAAGUGGUAAUGGGUCUUUUCAAGUCAGGUUUGCCGAGGGAUAUGAAAAGCUAAAUGGCAGAUUCCGGGAUGUCUUUGAGGGCCCUAGAGGGUUCAAUUCCAUUGAAAGUAAAAGUCUAAGCUUUGUAUUCGGUGCCAAUCUUUAUGCAGAUACUGACUUCCCCGACCGCUCUGACCUGUUCUCGCGGCUAUCGGAAGGCGAGGUUGACAGAAGGACAUGGAGUAACCUGCAGAGCACUGCUAACAAUAUAGCCAAUGCCAUGACAGCGUAUAUGCGGAAUGCAGACACGGAUAACCAUAUCGAGGGCAAAGCAUACAAGCAAGAACUCCACAUCCUUGUUCGUUGGGAGUGGCUGUCUCUGCUAGUCAUCCAACUCACCUUGACUUUAGUUUUCUUGAUUUGGGUCAUGGUUCUCACAGCUCAGCUGGAUAUGGAUGUCGUUAAAAGUUCAAAUCUUGCCGAGCUGUUUGCGAUGCACGGUGCGGAUGAGAGCACCGUCUCGGCUGACGAGGGAGAGUCAGUCGAACUUUUGAGCAAGGGAAUCAACACAAAGAUUGAUAAGGACAUCACGGCAAGGCUGAGUAAAAGAAACUACGAGUGGAAGAUUUAUCUCGGUUGA